AUGGCUGCCGUUCCACUUUCAAAGGACCUAAAGGUCACCUUUGAGAAUCGAGUAUUUCGCAACCACAUCCCUACCUCUAAUACUGGCAAGAGCAUCAUUCGCGUCCACUACGGCACGACUGAUGCUCUCGACAUCUGCCUCCGACGCAAUCUUCGGAUCAAGGAUGGUGACAAGAAGCCAUACACUCCUCUGGAUUGUGGUCCGUUCCCUAUCUACCCUGUCGACCUCUACAAGGACAAGCUUCCAAAGGACGUGGUAGCCAAGAGUGGCGGAGUGGUUCCUAUCUAUGAAUGCGAGUCGUUAUCCAUCGACUUUGAAUCUCAACGUCCAUUCGCCAUCAAGAUCCAUACUGGCCAAGUCAACACUGUCUCUGGUGGCUCUAACACAGACGACAUAACCGCCAGCAUUCGACGAGCUGCACGCCUUGAGCGCGAUGUCCCUAUCCAAGAUUAUGUGUCAUCUGCGGUUCAGUUCCGCCUGAGACCCACGCCUGCUUCGGAAGGAUACUCGAAGCAGUUUAUCGCAAAUGCCAAUGGUGUUGACUAUUCAGUUUCCGCUCAGCUCGCCGGCAAUAUCAAGGUCGCCGAUUUGCGUUUCGAGACCAUGUCCACGGUCCGAAAGCCAUUCCAGAUCCGCAUCAAGGAUGUUGCUUCUAGAAGCGAUUAUUUCUUUGAGGUCGAGGCUUGUAUGUCUGUUCACCAAGUGAAGGGAAUUUUCAAGAGAAUGACCUCAUAUCCGAUUGACUGGCAAGAGUUGGUUUAUGAUGGCCGCGAACUGAUCAAUAACGAGAAUCUCGGCGAGUUGGGAAUUCACCAGGGAUCUCUCUUGUUCAUCGUUCUUCAAACUGUUCGACCACACUGUUGUUUCGAUAAUACCGUCGUGAAGGAUCCUGUCGCUGCUUCAGAUUGGGACGUUGGCAACAGUGUUUCAUUCCACCUCCAUCUCAUGAACGCUACGCUCUUCGAAAGCCUUCUUGGCAUUCCUGCUCCCCGCACUCCGGUCGACGCCGCCUUGUAUGCCAAGUACAAGUACCCAUUCUACGAUGAAUACAACGAGAAGACCAUCGUGAACGCUCAUGCAUCCUCAUCGACUGCGGACGAGGCUUCAUAUCCAUGUCCGAAGAAGGUUGAGCAUAUCGCUGAGUACGAAGUAACUGUAUCUCUUCACAACCAAACUUUGAAUGCCCUGGAGCGUUUGAAGUCAAUUGAUCUUGACGCCUUGAAGGCCAUGCCUCGUCACCAGCAGUUUGCGAGCGUGUCAAAGAGCUUGGAUGGCAUUGAUCCUAAGGUUUUCAAGGCUAUCGAUAUUCAUAAAAUUGAAGAUUUCAAGGUCAUGGCGGAGCUCGAGACUCCUUUGUCUGAACUCUUGCCUCCGCGGCCCAAAUUGGUGCUUUAUGACCUCGGAAGCGCCUCCAGCAAUGAUGAAGCUGAUGAUGAGAGCGUAUCAUCUGAUCUCGAGGACGAGCAGGUUGACACCGGGGAAGUUGAUGAUGAGGAUAGCUCAUCUGCUCUAGAGGAUGAAGAUGAUGAUUCAGAUGAUGAUAUGCCGGAACUUGUGGGUCGUUCAUCUUACUAUACUUUUUAG